GCUAACACCGUGAUCCCGGAAUAAAGCCUUCCCCUAGUGGCAAUCCUGUAAUUUCGUCUCCCCCAAAUGUUGAGUUGAAUUCCCACUUCUACUGAUUACUGUGUACUCCCCUUUGUAUUUAGCUCAUCUCCCUCCCUCCCAACUCACUCCUCCUUCCCAUUUAACUUGCCCAAUUCUUUUCCCCCUCACCCAAACGCAAAAAACCAAAAUAAAAAGUAAACGAGGGGGGAAAACCCGCCAAAUCCGCUUCCAUUAGCUCGGCCGGCCGAUUCGCUCCGUCUCCUUCUGGCUUGGCUUCCCAUCUGAACUAGUGGAAGCCGCGGCGAGCGACCGAGCUCUUCCUGCCGAUCGAUUACCGUCGAGGCUGCUCGGUCUCCUUCUGUGGUCGAGUACAGCAAUUGAGGGGAGACUGGAAAGAAUGACGUCGGGCUCGAGAAUGCCGACGUGGAAGGAGAGGGAGAACAACAAGAGGAGAGAGCGGCGGAGGAGAGCGAUCGCCGCCAAGAUCUACUCCGGGCUCAGGAUGUACGGGAACUACAAGCUCCCGAAGCACUGCGACAACAACGAAGUCCUCAAAGCUCUCUGCAACGAAGCUGGAUGGACCGUUGAAGAAGACGGAACCACUUACAGAAAGGGGUGUAGACCAGUGGAGAGAAUGGACAUACUGGGAGGUUCAACAUCAGCAAGCCCCUGUUCAUCAUACCAGCCAAGUCCAUGCGCAUCCUACAACCCAAGCCCCGCCUCAUCUUCCUUCCCCAGCCCCAUCUCCUCCCACUACACCACCAACAACCUAGCCAACAACGUCAACAACGCCGCCGCCGACGCCAAUUCCCUGAUCCCCUGGCUUAAGAACCUCUCAUCCAGCUCAUCUUCAACCUCGUCCAAGAACAACCACCCUCACAGCCUCUACAUCCACACGGGCUCCAUAAGCGCGCCGGUCACCCCGCCGCUGAGUUCCCCUACAGCCAGAACCCCACGCAAGCACAGCAACAACAACAACAACAACAACGACUGGGACGAUCAAUCCGCCGCCGGCCCUUCGUCGUGGGGCGGGCAGAACUACCCGUUCAUGCCUUCUUCGAUGCCAUCAUCUACCCCGCAGAGCCCCGGUCGCCAUGGGAUGCUGCCCGAUUCGGGCUGGCUAGCCGGCAUCCAAAUACCACAAAGCGGGCCAUCGUCCCCGACGUUCAGCCUCGUGGCCCGGAACCCGUUCGGGUUCAAGGACGAGCCCUUGUCCGGUGCUGGGUCGAGAAUGUGGACGCCUGGGCAGAGCGGGACGUGUUCGCCGGCUGUGUUUGAUCAGACCGCGGAUGUUCCCAUGGCGGAUAGCUGCAUGGCGGCGGAGUUUGCUUUUGGGAGUAGCAAUGCUGCUGCUAGGUUGGUGAAGCCGUGGGAAGGCGAGAGGAUACACGAGGAGUUGAUAUCUGAUGAUCUCGAGCUUACGCUCGGCAACUCCAAGACUAGCUUUGGUGCAGAUGAAAGGAAGAAACCGAGACUGGUCUCGUCCGAAUGUGUUUCAGGGGAUGCCGGCGGCGUUUCGUCAUCGUCGGCGAAUUCCUGCGAUGAUGGGAAAGGAAGUUUGUGGAUGGGAAGGCGGCAGCUGAGUUAGGAGUGCGUACAGUGAGUAGGAUCUCAGCUGUCUUCCUUUUUCCUGUUCUCCAAAGCCAUUCAGUUCCGUU